UGUUGAUUUAGUCUGGUUCUUUCAUGUGGCUGGAGAUCCACCUCCCCUAAUUACCACGCGAACUUGGAUAUCAGACAAAAAUUUGUCAAUAUAAAAAAACCAUACGAUAAUGAACUUGCUUGAAGAAAUCACCUUUGGGAAGACGUAUGCAGAUUUUAUUCCGACGGAGAUCUCCCCAAAGAAGCCAUCCAAAAUGUCUGACCGUAGGUCUCCAGUUCCCUCAGUUGCUCAAGCAGUUCCUCAAGUUGAGCCGACCAGAGAGUAUGAUAUAAUCGACGACGAAGCGGUCGUGACGACCGCUCACGGUACGACUUCCGGGACUUGUGGGGCUAACACCCGGCUCGGCCGCAGAGUUCUCGGUCAAGCAUAUCAAGUGGGUCAGUCACUUCACGCUAGCGCUGAGAAGAUUUUCAGGAAGGAAGCGCAUGAGGGAGAAUUGGAAGACACUAUGGAACAAUCUCAAAGCAACAGACCAAGUGAAAGAGACUUGUCAGAUUUUGGUGCAGGACAAGCAAGACAUCUGGGCAUACCUGGAGAAAGUGACAGGGGGAUGCAUUAUGAUGAGCACCGUUCCCAUAGAAAUGAGAUGGAGUUUGGGUCAAUGAUGCAAGAACCAGAGACGGAUGUUCCUGUUCUAAAUUUACCCCAUGUGAACUGUCCAGAAAAGAUUGUGAUCUGUAUCGACAUCGCCACAGAGGUCAACAAACUACCUUUCAUUGCCAAUAAUGGCUCAGCACAUCAACCUCUGGAGAUGAUCAAGAAAGCUUUGAACAUGUUUGUGAUGACAAAGAGUGCAAUCAACCCUAAACAUGAAUUUGCCCUAGUCCUUCUGCAGGAAAGUGCAUUAUGGAUUCAGAACUUUACAUCUGAUGUCAACGACUUUGUCAGUGUCUUACUGGACAUGACCAAUGACACUGCUGAAUGCGAACACUGUGACUUGGCAUCUCUCUUCGAUGUCAUACAUGAGAAAGUUCAGUCACCUGACAUUGAAGAUAUUGAGUGUUUACCACCACCCUACAUCAUCAGAACACUGUUUGUGUACGGACGGUCAAGGUGUAUUCCUCAACUGAAUGACAAUGGAGGAAAUAGUCAGUCACUGAGGAAUUUAUCUUCAUCUCCUUACUUCUUCUUUGAUGUUUUCUACGUCCACGAACCACCAACAGAAGAUAAUUACUGCAAGGAAAUUUACGAUGUGUUUUUGAACCUGGAUGUACACAACACAUCUUACAUCCACGAGGUAGGACGAGACAGUGCCAUGCUGCAGGAGAAGAUGGCUAUGUUGCUAGCUCACCCACUUCAAAGACCACAGCAGACACAGUGUGACUACAACAUCUUCAGAGAUGACUAAGAAACUCUUUACUUCCCCUCAACUUCAGGAUGUGAAACUGUCAAAGGUUGCUGCUUAAGGAAGCUAAAUGGUCGAUGAGAAUAGCUCCUAACGAAUUGGAGGAAGUUUCUAAUGGAAGGAGGGGAGAGGAACUACUCAAUGAGUUCCUCCAGUAGCUUGUACUAGUCUGGAAUAUCACCACUCAGUAUACUCAGUCAUAAAGGAUAUUAUUUAAAUAAAGUUUCCAAUUUGCCACUCCUCAAUUUUUAACUGUUCGGAAUAAUUGAAGCUAUUCUUAUUUCUAUAUGAUAGGUUAUUCUAGUUUAUAAAAGAGUUUAUUAGCAUGCUGUAAUUUCUUGACCAUUGGGAUUCACACCAUUAAUCCUAUUUGUACAGCUUGUAUCUUUUUUUAAACCCAUAAUGCCUGCCCACAUGCACUUGAAGUUAGGUUUCAUUUUCUUUCAUAGUUUCAUACCUAGAGAUGAAAGUAUGUAGAGAUAUGUAGAAAUGUAAUGCUGCAGAUCUGCCCACCAGGCAGUCUAAGUCUCACCCCUUCUCCUUGAAUAGUGUCUCUUACAUGCAGAUGACGCACGUUUCUUUUUUCUGUUACACGCUUGUCUACUCUGCUACAAAUGGAUUUGUUGGACAUGGCUGUAAGGAGAUAUACAAAAUGUAAAUUGAUGUUGAUUAGUACCGAUGACAAGUAAAUUGCUUUCUUGAGUUCCUUAACACUAUAAAUAUAUGUCAAAAGCUUUCAACAAGUGUAUAUUUGCACAGCUAUUUUUUUCAAUCAAGAAUUUGGAGAAGCUUGUAUUAUUUGAAUUGCACUGUAACUAUUUUGUCAUUUUGAAAAAAUUUCUACAUUUUGUUGUGUUUGUUUUUGAGAAGUUUUAAGUAUGUCAUCAUCACAAAUAAAACUGAUGAAUUCUUCCCGUUAUAAGUAAGCCAUCAGAAUUCCGACAACCGAAUCGUAAUAUUCCAAAAGGUGUAUUCUCACUUUUUUAUUUUAUAUUUUUUUCUAGCAAUUCUGUAGCCUAAUCCUUUUUAAGGACUUGCCAGACUCCGACAUCAUUGAGCUUGGUAAAGAAAUAAAAGACCCGGAAUGUGACCGAGUUUAAUAUGUAUA